AUGGCCACGGGUGUGAAGAAUGCCCCAAACAACGUGAUCUUCAAGAAGGUCUCCCGGGACAAGUCAGUGACCAUCUACCUAGGGAAGAGGGACUACAUUGACCACGUGGAUAAAGUGGAGCCUGUGGAUGGUGUCGUGCUGGUCGAUCCUGAGCUGGUGAAAGGGAAGAAAGUCUUUGUGACGCUGACGUGUGCGUUCCGCUACGGCCAGGAGGACAUUGACGUCAUCGGCCUGACCUUCCGGAGAGACCUGUACUUCUCCAAGGUGCAAGUUUACCCUCCCGUCAGCACGGCCAAUAAGCCGACCAAGCUGCAAGAGAGCCUGCUGAAGAAGCUGGGGAGCAACGCCUACCCUUUCCUUCUCACGUUUCCUGACUACUUGCCCUGCUCAGUUGCUCUUCAACCAGCUCCUCAAGAUGUAGGCAAGUGCUGCGGAGUGGACUUUGAGGUGAAGGCGUACGCCACAGAAAACACAGAAAUAGAAGAGGAAAAAGUGCCCAAAAAGAGCUCCGUCCGCCUGCUGAUCCGCAAGGUGCAGCACGCCCCUCCCGAGCUGGGCCCCCAGCCCCAGGUGGAGACAGCCUGGCAGUUCUUCAUGUCCGACAAGCCCCUGCACCUGGCCAUCUCCCUCAGCAAGGAGAUCUUUUUCCAUGGCGAGCCAAUUCCUGUGACCGUGACUGUGACCAACAACACGGAGAAGACAGUGAAGAAGAUUAAAGUGCAAGUGGAACAAGUCGCCAACGUGGUCCUGUAUUCGAGUGACUACUAUGUCAAACCUGUAGCCAUGGAGGAGGCCAAUGAAAAAGUGCCACCAAACGGAGUCUUAACGAAGACGCUGACCCUUACCCCCUUGCUGGCUAAUAACCGAGAAAGGCGGGGCAUUGCCCUGGAUGGAAAAAUAAAGCACGAAGAUACGAACUUGGCCUCCAGCACCAUCAUUAAGGAGGGCAUAGACCGAGCAGUGUUGGGCAUCCUGGUGUCUUACCAGAUCAAAGUGAAGCUCACUGUCUCAGGCUUUCUGGGCGACCUCACCUCUAGUGAAGUGGGCACCGACCUGCCGUUCCGCCUCAUGCACCCCCACCCUGUGGAUCCAGGUCAGUCUCUCCGCGCUUCUGGUGGCUCUGAGUGUUCAUUCUUUGUGGGCAUUUGUUCCAAAUGGGCUUCCUCUUCUGGGAAGAGAGGGGCCAGAUGUACAGAACCCGCAGGGGUCAGAUGGCAGGAAGUCUCUGCAUCCAGAGGCAUCCCCCAAAAGGAACUGAUGCUGGCUUUGCCUGCCAAGGACAGAUGUUUGUCUUUCAGCUCAAUGGGGGAGGAUUUGGUCUUUGAGGAGUUUGCUCGCCAGAAUCUGAAAGACGGGGCUGAAAAUGAAGAAGAAAAAAAAGAGGGGCCGGACAACGAUGAAUGAACGGUGUCGGCGGGGAGAUCGCCCCCUCGUAGGAUUGUAGCUCUAGCUCGGGAAGGGACCGUCAAGGUCAUUUAGUGCAACCCCUGCAUUUUACAGAGGAAUAGCUGAGGCCCCACGUUUUCCUUCAGUGUCAUAAAAAGUAGAACAGACUUCAUUAAGCAGAGUUCUAAUCUCCUCUAUUCCUUAAGAGACAAACCCCAUUAAAGAGGCUCCCUAGGUAAACUAAGUCAGCUUCUAGAUCGGACCAAUUAGAGGCUCAGCGUGUGCUCAUUUGAGAGGGAAUAUCUGCAAGAGAACUCAAAGAACUAAACACCAGGAAACAAAUGAUCCAAGGAGUCCAAAGAGCAUCGCUAGGCAAGAAAAUCAAGGUGAGGGAUUUGCUCAAAGUCCCCCCCCCCGCUGCCUCCAGAGCAGCCAUCCAGGCAGCACAGAAAGCAGAAGAGCCGAUCCAAGGGUAGAAGUAGUGUGUCCUGUGUGAGCUCCCUUUCCCCCAAUGCUCAAAUAAAGUUCCAAUAGUGGCUAAAACGCAGGCGGAUUUAUUGACCCGAGGGCCCGGGCUAUUGGAGCUGCCCCAAUGAGACAUUCUGGAGAGUCUGAGCAGCCAUUGUGGGGCAAGAUACGGGGAUGGGAGCCAGCUACAGGUUGAACCUCGGAGGAGGAAGGGGAAACCGAGACCACAGUUUCACUCACAGCUUUAGAAUCCAAACCCCUCAUUUUAUGGGUGGGGAAACUGAGGUUCAGACAGAGAAAAUAACUUACCCAAUGCUCUUCAGGCAAUAAUGGGAUUUGAACCCAGGUCAUAGGACAUAGCUGACCCCAGAGUCAGGGAAACAGAUUCUGACCCAGACACCAUGUGACUGACCCUAGGCAACUCUCCGAGACUCAGAGUCCAUAGGAGCAGCGGUUUCUAAGUCGCUGAGUCCGAUUUUACAGAGAAGGAUCCAGGAGUCAGUGUCCAUAGUCUCCAGUCCCAAGGCACCGAGAGGCCCUGGUGCA